AUGGAUUGGAAUGAUGUUCCAGUUAAACAGAGCUUUAGGCAAAGGCUGAAGGAAAUCUUUGGUGAGUUGAAAUACCUGUGGUAUUCAUUUGAUGAUGCGGCUGGAGCCCAAGACCUUUUACAAGGUAUUUUGACAGAGACGGAGUGGGCUGACUUUGGACAGGUGAGCGUUGAGGGACUGACCGCAUGGCAUACUAAGUAUGGACCACAGGUCAAGAGGCAGCGUAUCCUUGACAGAGAGUUGAGUUUCGAGUUCUGUGCACAUCCCAAACGGGAUACAGUAGGCACCAUACAGGAAACUUUUGAGCAGAUCAUGAAGGAAGAUCCACGUUUCAUGCUGGACACUGUGAAACGUACCCAGCGUAGGUCUUCAACUGGGGAAGGACCGGAGACGAGAGCGGCCAAGGAACAGCAUGAGAGAGACAGAUAUGCAUUGGAGUUGGCAGGUAUUUUACAGGAAGCCGUUCUGCCGGUGAGUCUCCAGAUCGAGGCACUUCAGGAUCCGAACAAGGCUUGGCUACGACUGUUUGGAGCGAGGCGGUCAAAGACCUUGAGAAACAGAUACAGGUCAUGGAACCGCUUUCGCACAUGGCUAGUAGCAUAUUCAGGUAAGACUUGGCCAGGUGGUUUGGAUGUCUUGAUACACUACGUUGAGGAGCACAUUCAAAAUGGAGUGACAUUCAGUUUUAUUUCAGAAUUCCAGGCGGCACUGGUUGUGUUAGAACAGGCUGGACGGAUACCGGAAGGUAAACAGCUGUCGCGGGAUCCCUUGUGGAAGGCACAUGUUGAAAGCUGGAAACAGGAACUGGCAACGAACACGUUCCCAAAGGCUGCAAAGCCUUACACAACAGCGAUUUUGUUGGCACUUGAGCUGUUUGUCAUUGAGAUGGACCAUGAGUUCUGUCUGAUGGCCAGGACGAAGACUACUGGAGGUGCCAAGUUGCAUGGGCCUAUUUGUGCGUUUGUGGCCAGAGACAUUUCGAUUUCUGGAUAUGACUGGCUUAUCGAAGGCUUCCAGAUGUUGCAACGUGAGGAUCUCAUGUUUCCCAGGGACUAUUUUAUCCCAACACCGGGUAAAGACUGGACCGUAUUUAAGAACAAGAUUUUGGAACCACCUUCAAUGGCAAACUAUUUCAGGAUCGUCUUGGGAAAAUUGGGAACGCCACGUUUCCAAGAUGGGUUCUGGCGACAGAACAAGGCAAUGGACUUGGUGCCAGGGGCUAUGUUGCUUUUCUGGUCAGGCCAUAGCCCACGUCAUUUUCUGACACAGGCGGCGGCAUCGUUAGGAGUGGACAAGACUAAGCGGGACUUCCUUGGAAGAUGGUCAAUAGGAAGAACUGGAAGUAAUGCGUACUUGCAUACAUCACGUCAAGUGGUGGAAGAGGUUCAACACCUGGUCAGGGACUCAAUUGUGUUGGGAGCCCCAGCGUUGGAUGAGUCAGAGUUGUUGGAGGAUGUCAUGCAUUUUGCAGACAAACAUGAGUUGGUAGGGCAGAGGGUCAGGAGACGUCACACUCAUGACUACAAGAGGGCCAAUGCUGGUGAAGUUUUCAACACAUUUGAUUCAGAUGUCGAACAGGUAGACGUCCAUGAGACACAACAGGUCAUGGAGGCAGUGCAACGAGAGGCAGGUGAGAACUCAACUCAUUCGGGCUAUUUCAUCACGACGUCGAGGAGGACGGGUUUCAGAAGACUACACAUGCAUGGCAAAUGUCCGGUGCGCUCAGACAGAUGCAUCGACAGCACCGAUGUUGACAAUGUUCAAGAUGCAGCAUAUGAUGCUAUUUGCAAGAUUUGUCAACGUAAGAUUUCAGAAGAGUUGGGUCGUAUGACAGCUGACCAUGAUGUUUCAAGCGAUUCAGGUGAUUCGUCCUCUACGAACACUUCCGGAGACGAGGCCGAAGCUGAAGAGGCCGAGGCUGGAGAGGCAUCAGAGUGGGAAUACCUGCGAAGUAACGUCACCUCAGAUCUGCAGUAUGUAUGGGAUGAUGCAGAAAUCCCAUUAACGCUUCAGUAUGAGAUGGCCCAGCACUACAAGUCACUGAGGGUCUUCACAGCCUUAGGAGAAAGCUCUGCAGACGUUCGAACGGCAGUCCAAGCCGACUUCAACUUGGACCCAGCCAGAGACCCAGCAUUGCGGGCGCAAGUAGCACAAGUGGUUGCAGCCUGGAAUGCAGGGAAAGAGCUUUACACCAAAGAGAAAGAGAUCCAAGCCGAGAGCAAAGUUCUUGGGGUCCCCCGUCACCUUCAACACAGCGAAAGAUUGGCAAUGCUCAAAGCGGUCGAAAAGGUUUUGGGCCACCUAUCCGACCACGAGACACCCAGUGCAGAGUACCUUGCUUUGAAGGUUGAGGAAUGCGAGAAUGGAGAGUGUACAGCAGCAAGCUUGGAUGAAGUGUCUUCAAAGGCGGACCGCAACACAUCAGCCUUGCAGACUUCACUGGACAGCACAGGCCAUGUGAGGAUCACCAAGACAAAAUCCAAAGGCCGGCUUCCGGAAAACACAGAAGAAUACCGCAGGUUGAUGAAGUUGGAGGCCACAACAUGGCUGUGUAUGUCAUCGAAGUUCAAGUCAAAACACUUCUUGGCAGGUUUGAAAAUGGAGGACUUCAAUCGCUUUGUGGAGUUCGUGCUGGGAGAGAAGGUCCAUGGCAUUAAAGUGCCUGUUGAUGGACAGCAGCAGCCUCUGCGUCCCCCUUUUGCCCUGGUGCUGCAAUUUGAGCACCGCCUGCGACGGGAAGCCUCCAAACUGGUCAACAAAGGGGAGAAGACACUGGCAGAGGCCUUGGAGGCCGUGACAAAAGACGCCGAACUCAAAGAGUCAUACUUUACAACUCCUUUGGCUCUGACCAACCAUGACACAGCUCGGCAUGGCGGUCAACGUACCUUCAACAACACCUAUGAUGGCAAGAAGGGCAAGUCAAAGGGUUUUGGCAAAGUACGAGGCAAAUUUGACAAGGGAAAAGGAAAAGCUUCAGGUAAAUCGAAAGGAAAACACGGGGACCACCACCUUGUCACCCACUCCCCAGCAGACGUCAAGCACUACCUCCAGGAGUUUGGCUUGGAGCACGAAUUUUCUUUGCAUGUUACGGAGGUCGAUGUGGAACGUUCAAAUCUACAGCUGGCACAAGAUCACAACUACUUGGUGGACCAGACCAUCGCCACUGCACACAAAUGUUUCCAAUGCAAUGCAGACUUUCUGAUCGAGCAUCCCGAAGACUUAGGGGCAUGCCAUGGUGAAUGGCCCGCUAGUGUCUGGCAGUGGGAAACUAUGCAACAACUACAGCAGGCCACAAAGGCCACGACUUGGGCAGUUUUCCAGUGUCAUUUUGACGCACCAUCGCCUAAGCCAACCAGGUUUCUUUCCACCCUCAAGCCUUGCCAAGAGCUACCCUAUGCCACUUGGCCAGUUUUCGACAAGGAGCGACAAUACUUGGGCCCCUUGCCUACGUAUUGUGGGCACUCCACACAUGCCAAGCGCCUUUUGGGCCAACUGCCCAACGGGAAGUGGGCCACUGAGGGUUCCGCUGCUUACCCUCCGGCGCUUUGCAAAUACCUGGCCGAGCUCAUCGCCAGUCGGGUGGGGAGCGCAAGUGCCUCUUCACUCGGCCUACCGACUGGACCCCUUACAGAGGCUAAGCCAACAACGACGACCACGACAGUUGCGGCUGGACCAACACUUACAGUCGCUACAGAUAGCCUGGACCAACCAGGCGAUUCAGACACCGACACCCAGCGACCUGAAGUUGGGGAAGAUGAGCAGAGAACCCGAGAAGGGCCGGAAGAGGCUCGCAAUAGAGGAAAGCCAUUAGUGGUGGAAUGGGGUGGACGAGCCAAACCAUUUGUUGAUGGAUUUGGUCUUUGCUCUGCAAAUCGCUGGCGCCCAGAGGAUAGAGGUACAUACCUUGGCAUGGAGGCACAGCAGAUGGGACGAAAGUUGAAAGAGCUCCUGCAGGAGUUUGUGAUGUCACAGAUUGGCGACCUAAGAAAGGAAGCCUUUCACUUGGCGUUGGGGAGGCUCCAGAGUUCACCGUUUUCAGAAAGUGCGUUGCAGCAACUUAGGGAGAGGUGGGCCCAACUUUUGCCAUCCCCCGCUAGCGCCAUGGAGCUCACGGAGGGCCAACCUUUCUUCCUGCACCUGUUGGCGCAAACGUUAGAAGUUAUGGAGGACCCGGACUACCGGGUGCUAGUACAAGACGAAGAGUCGUUUGCAACGGGCGCGCCAGUUGGACUAGAUGAACCGUUGCCUAGGGUUCCUGCUGUGUUUCCGCCUAAGGAGAAACAACGCAAGCUGGACGAUUCGGACUACAUCCCCUUUUCAGAAAAUUAUAAGUCGGCGGAGCUGGUAGCAGAGGAGUUGGAGAACAAAUUUAGAGAAGAAGAAAGGCUGGGGAGGAUGUACCCGACCACGCUGGCGGCCUUGAAAGCCAAACACCCUGUGACCGAGACCAAGGAAGCUAGGUUCUCUAUCUCAGCUGAUAUCAAGUCGGCACACCGGCUGGUGAAAUUGCGGAGCAGGGAUCACCCGCUCAUUUGUUGCAAAGCUUCAUCGACAUCAGACACCAUCUGGGUCAACAAGGUGGGAACCUUUGGCGUAUCAAGCGCCUCCUAUUGGUGGACGCGGCUCAUGGGAACAGUUGGAAGGCUGGUGGGCAAUGCUAUGGGGACUGAAUGCAACUACCAACUCAUCUACGUAGAUGAUUUGCAUGUUGUGGUUUUCGGGGAACGCAAGUUCCUGACCUUGUGGAUGAUGCUGGCAGCCUAUGAGGCGUUGGGCACCCCUUUCCAGUACGCGAAGUUCGCAGGAGGGAUAGAAGUAACGUUUGUGGGGUUUCAGCUGGACUAUGGACGUUGCAAGAUGGGGGUGACGGCCAAGCGAGGCCUCUGGUUGCUGAAUUUCAUAAAGGAGAUGGAAGAAGCGCGCUACACAGUGCACAUGCGCCGCUUUGGGGAAUUCCUUGGGAGACUCGCUUUCCUCGCCCGAGUCCUGGUCUGGCUGAAGGCACACCUGGCACCCUUGUAUAGCUGGGCCGCCGCUCUGGCCAAAGGAACGGUCGCUACGGCACCACGCAUGGUGGUCCUGGUUCUCAAAUUCAUUUCCAGGCAACUUGCAGACUGCAGUUUUAUGUAUUCAUGCCAUAGGCCCAUCCGCCUACUGGGAGAACAGUUUAGGACAGACGCAAAAUGUGCUCAAGGGUUUGUCGUUUUGGGUGGGCACCACCUUGCUACUGGCCGCUGGUUUUCGCUCCGUUUGGAUCCCGAACAGGCGCCAUACCUGUUCAAACCUGAUGGAGAGAGCAGCUGGGCUUCAGCGCCAGCGGAGUUGCUGGCCACCACCGUGGCACUGGUUUUGUUCAACUAUGGAGAAGGGAGAGAAAGAAUGACCGUUCCGGUUUACUUGGCAGCAGGCACGGACAACCAGUCAAAUGAGGCCCUUCUCCAGAAGGGAAGUUCUACUAAGUUUCCACUGGCUUUGAUCAACAUGCAGUUGACUCACAUGCUCAUGCGUUGGGGGAUGCGGCUGGAGCUGCGAUGGCGACCCCGUGCGGAAAACGAUUUAGCCGACAAACUUACCAAUGAAGACUUCAGCCAGGUGGAAAUGAGACUGCGUUUGGAAUGCAAGUGGGAAGAUUUCGAUUUUAGCCUGCUGCGGGAGUUGUGGGAAGCGAGACAUGAGUUCAUGGACAAGGACACUUUGAGGAAGUUUGCAAAACAGGUUGCAAGUGCGAAGUUUGAGAAAACUCAGUGGUGA